UCGGUCGCAAAAUUGUGACAAACCAAGCCGAAAAAUAAACAAUUUAUCCUGAUUUUAAUCAUCCAAAAUAAAUAUGUCACACAAACCAACGCCUUAUUCCCCGAAUUUCCCUCCGUCACAAGGAUAUGCUCCACCUCCUGACGGUAAAGAGAGUUAUCCCUUAAAUCCACAAGUUGGAUACCCUGGCCCUCCGCCCCCUGGGCCUCAACUUCCACCUGGAGCCCAACCGCUACCUGGAAUGCAGCCUGGGUUCCAACCUGGAUUUCAACCUGGUUUUCAACCAGGAUACCCUCAUCCUCAACCAGGCUACCCACACCCACAGCCGGGAUAUGGACCACCUGGACCAGUAGUUCAACAGCCUGGACCUCAAGUGCCUCCAGGUGGAUGGAUGACAGUACCGCAAGGGCUCAGCAAUUGUCCGCCAGGAUUGGAAUACCUUUCUAUGAUUGAUGGGUUAUUGGUUCAUCAAAAGGUGGAGCUUUUGGAGGCGUUUGUGGGUUUUGAAACUAACAACAAGUACACAGUGAAAAAUAGUGUUGGCCAGAAAGUUUACUACGCGGUGGAAGACAAUGAUUGCUGCACCAGAAACUGCUGUGGACCCAUGCGACCAUUUGACAUGAAAAUCAUGGAUAAUUUCAGGAAUGAGGUAAUCCACCUCCAUCGCCCACUAGCUUGUGAUUCGUGCUGGUGCCCAUGCUGGCUGCAAAGCAUGGAGGUCUCUGCCCCACCAGGCACUGUAAUUGGCUCCAUUGAACAAGAGUGGUCUAUCUGCAAGCCCUGUUACGUCAUUAAAAACGCUGCCGGCGACGUUGUUCUCAGAAUCAAGGGACCGCUUUGUACGUUCUCCAUUUGUGGAGAUGUCGAAUUCCAUGUCUACUCCAAAGACGGUGAAACGAAAGUUGGUAAGAUUACUAAGCAAUGGUCUGGCUUGGCGCGAGAGGCAUUUACUGAUUCCGAUUACUUCGGAAUUACUUUCCCUAUGGAUCUGGACGUUAAAAUAAAGGCCGUCCUUUUGGGAGCGUGCUUCCUCAUUGACUUCAUGUUCUUCGAGAAGUCUGGAAACCAGGAAAGUGACCGUCCUGGUAUGCUGUAAACGUAAGGAUUCAUACUGGCGAGAUGUAAUCUGCCAAUAUAACCUGCGAA